CAAUCAACAGCCAGUCCGCGGCUCGGAACGAGAUGGCCGCCGGGAUGCGGGCGCCUGUCACGUGACCCCCCGGUGGGCGGGGCUGUCUGACGUCGUUCUCUAAAAGUGUCGUCUGGCCGCGCGAGAAGCGCGGUAAGGUGGCGUAGCCGGCGUCCGGUGGCCGACUUCUCGCUGCGCUCGGCCCGGUCGAUUCCGAGGACGUUCGCGAUGGAGGCGCCAUUACAGUUCCGGGCUUACGGAGCCAGUGGCAGGGAAAAUAGGCGAGACAGCCAGAAGGACGAAGUGCCCACAAGGCUUCCCCCGAUCAUCUCAGAAGACGGUAACUAUUCUGUGCACCAGAACAGCCAUGAGAGGUACCAGGAAGCUGUGCGGAAGGUGUUGUUAAAAACGUUCCCCAAUCAGGUCUUCAGAGUCCCUGUGACUGACGCGCAGAACUUCAGCUUCUGGCGCUCCAACGUCCCGGGUGUGCGUCCAGAGAAAGCCAUUCCUUGGAUCAAGACUCCACACCAUUGUCUCAUUAAAAGCCCAAUGAGCAGAUAUGUGGACCAUUCUCAUCUCAAUGACAAAACCUUCAGUCUAUACUGAGGAGGGCGUACUUGCAGGACGAAUGAAAACUGGAAGGGAGGGGGAGGAGGGAGGGGUGAAGAUGGCCGAGUCAUGAGGAGAAGGGGGAGAGAGGAGAGCGUGCACAAUAAACUAACUGAACUAGAAGGCA